AUGGUCAGGAUCCAGGCAUGGACAGAAACAGCAACCCGAAAACGUGCCUGGCGUGACCAAGCUCUCAGUCAGUAUUUUAUCAAGGAUUUGGAUCAGCGUCCUCCUCAGGUUCACAAUGUCCAUCACCGCAGCCGCCAUGACGACCCCAUCAUCCAGGAGAUAACGGACAUUGAUGGCGUUCCUGCGCUGCUUGAAUGUUUGAGACAGGGCAAAUAUACUGCCGAGCAGGUUGUCUCGGCUUAUAUCAAAAGAGCGGCAAUCGCACAUCAACUGACCAAUUGCAUUACUGAAAUUGUCUUUGAUGAUGCAUUGGAAAAAGCAAGGCAACUGGAUCGUUUCUGCAAGGAGACUGGCGAACUCAAAGGCCCGCUCCACGGCAUCCCAAUCACCCUCAAGGAUCAGUUCAAUAUCAAAGGAAUUGAUUCAACUCUGGGUUACGUGGGACGGUCGUACUGUCCAGCUCAAGAAGAUGCCGUUCUCGUCCAGAUGUUAGAGAAAAUGGGUGCCGUGAUCAUCGCGAAGACGAAUCUACCACAAAGCAUCUUGUGGGCCGAAACUGAGAACCCUCUCUGGGGCUUAACCGUCAAUCCACGUAACCCUGUCUUCACCCCUGGUGGCUCCACGGGAGGCGAAGCUGCUCUGUUAGCACUUCAUGGUUCGAUUUUUGGGCUUGGUACAGACAUUGGUGGAAGCAUUAGGAUCCCACAAAGCAUCAAUGGCUUGUAUGGGUUCAAACCCAGCAGUAGCAGGUUUCCCUACCACGGAGUGCCUGUCUCCACAGAGGGGCAAGAACAUGUCCCCUCGUCAGUAGGCCCUAUGGCUCGUGAUUUAGCAUCUAUAUGCUAUGUCAGUCGAUUGAUUGCCAAUGCUAAACCAUGGGCGGUGGAUCCUAAAUGUGCCCCCCUUCUGUGGGAUGAGACUAGCUUUCAAGAAAUCCAAUCUCGGCCUCUUGUUAUUGGUCUAAUCCUAGACGACGGGGUUGUAAAAGUGCAUCCUCCCAUUGAGAGAGCUCUCCAAAGAUUAUCCGCCGUGCUGGAAGCCAGCAACCACGAGAUUGUUACCUGGGACGCAUCUGACCAUAACGAGUAUAUCAAACUCAUGGAUCAAUAUUAUACAGCUGAUGGCUGUGAAGAUAUUCGCCGCGACGUUGGCGUUGCCGGAGAGCCAUAUAUCCCUCAUGUGGAGGCUUUGAUCAAUCGCGGGAAGGCAAUCUCAGUCUACGAUUACUGGCAGCUCAACAAGCAAAAGUCAGUGCUACAGAAGAAGUAUCUUGACAAGUGGAAUGCCGUUGUAUCUCCGACAGGAAGACCGAUUGAUGUGCUGCUGGCUCCAACACUACCGCAUCCCGCUAUUGCUCAUCGCCAUGUGCGCUGGGUAGGCUACACCAAGAUCUGGAAUCUGCUCGAUUAUCCUGCCAUCACCUUCCCUGUGGAUCAGGUGCGAGCCGACCAGGAUGGACUGCCCAGUGAGCCGUAUCAACCAAGGAACGACCUGGACGAGUGGAAUUGGAAUCUCUACGACCCAAAGACGAUGGAUGGGCACCCGAUAAACUUGCAAAUCAUUGGAAAGAAACUAGAAGAGGAAAAAGUACUGGGGGCAGCGACGGUCAUUGAGAAUCUAUGGAGAACGCUCAACUAA